UUGAAAUUGGCGACUGGGAGGAGCAACGGGUUGUGGCAUGCCCUCACUUUCAAUAUUGGUGGCUAACUCUGAAACUGCAACUCAUGGUAUUGAUGUUCGUUAGAGCUGAACGCGAUGGCAAUUUUUGCCUCUAGUUAGAGACCCUGAACAAGCUGACUCCGUGGUUCUUUGCACUGGAUCAAACCAACUAUGCCCGAUGGCUACCUGUUCACAUUCGAGACAUGAACACGCUUUCACAGGUUCAUCCAGACUUACACACUGAAUUCCAGAAUGGUAACUUUGUGAUUCACAAAACUGCUCGUGUAUCAUCUGGAAUGGCAAUUGAUCAAGGUCAUGAGCAGAACAAUGCGAUGGUGAAGGGAUCUGGGGGUGCAGUAGGCCUCACAGAAAAUCCGAGUGCGUUCAGACGUUGGAUGGUUGCAGGACCUGAGCUAGCAAGGAUAACAAUUGAAUUUGAGACCGCGUUCACUGCUCAAGAUGAUGCCACCGGUCACCAUGAGCAGACUCCAGCAGUACAAACUGCAUUUGCCAAGCAGGUAAUGUCUCUAGUGUCAACUAUUGAAGACAUGGGGAAUCCCUUUCUUGAAGAAAGUGCUGAUCUUCUAGUCCUGGACACAAAGGACAUAGUCAGUGAGUCCGUAGUUAAGACGGUCAGGAACAUAGAACAAAUAGGCGUGAAAGCGUACGAUGCCUAUGUAGAGCAGAGGCUAGUGAAGGCAGAAAAACCCAUCUCAGACCCCAUAGCGAAACAGCAAUUGCCACUCUUCAGCAGACCACAGAAAAAAAAUCCAUCUCGUUCACAGCUGCAAGUAGCUGACCUAGAAGUUGAUCGCGAACUUAUGUCGCAGCUGUAUGUAUCCUGCCAAACACGAGCAGUUAACCAAGACGACUUCUUCAUGUAUGAGAAUCAUCCCUACGCACCAAGUCUCUCAGAUCAUGGGAAGCUGCGUGCAAGCAACAAGUCAGAUUUGAUUCCAUGCCUGCAAAGCCUGAUUACUCCUAAGACUGAUGGACCUACAGUGGACUGUAUAAUCUUGGAUGGUGCCGCAGUAGUGCAUUUACUUGCUCCAAGAACAGCGGUAACCUUCAACGAAUAUGCCUCUGCCAUAUAUUUGCCAUACAUUGACAGACAGUUACAGAAUGCACAACGCGUGGAUGUGGUUUGGGAUGCAUACAUACCUGACAGUCUGAAGGAAUCAACAAGGAAGAAGAGAGGAACAGGGAUCAGACGGAGAGUUUUGGGAACAUCUAAAAUUCCGACGAACUGGAUGAAGUUUCUCUGUGUGGCAGAAAACAAAGUAGAGCUGUUUGACUUUUUGACACACGCUGUUAUAAACAGACAACAAACAGAACACGAGGUGUAUGCCACUGAUGGAGUAGACGUACUCUGCUCACAACCAAAUGCAGACUGUGCCUACAUUAGUCCAUGCAAUCAUGAAGAGGCGGACACGAGAGUCAUUCUUCAUGCCAGUGAUGCUGCAAACAAAGGCAGUAAAAAGUGCCUUAUCAGGACCGUAGACACUGACAUCCUCGUUCUAGCGAUUGCAUAUGUAGAGCGAAUUGGUGUCGAAGAGUUAUAGGUGGCCUUUGGCACAGGCAAGGGAUUUUGUUAUCUACCAGCCCAUGAAAUUGCGUGUGCACUAGGCUCACCGAAAGCUGCAUCGUUGCCGAUGUUUCACGCAUUCACGGGAUGUGAUACGGUGUCCGCAUUCGCUGGGAAAGGAAAGAAAACCAUGUGGGCCGUUUGGCGUGUGUACCCAGAGAUAACAGAAGCAUUUGUAGACUUGUGCAGCGGCACUGAUGUCAUUAGUACAGAAGCUACUUCUCUGAUAGAGAGAUUUGUCAUUCUUGUCUACGACCGAACCAGCCAACUCAAAGACGUCAAUGAAGUUAGGAAAGAUCUCUUCACAAGAAAAGGCAGAUUCAAGUACGACAGUCUACCUCCAACGAAAGCAGCUCUCACUGAGCAUGCCGAAAGAGCUACUUAUCAAGGUGGCCAUGUGUGGGGGCAAUCGAUCAGAUCACAAAUGAAACUACCAGAUCCGGCAGCGUGGAGUUGGACGAAAACAAACGAUGGAUGGGAGCCAUAUUGGACCCCGCUACCAGAAGCAUCAAAGGGAUGUCGCGAGCUCAUCAAAUGUGGCUGCAAGAAAGUGUGCACCACAGGCCGUUGUGGAUGUUUCCGUGCUAAGUUGUCAUGUACCACGCUGUGUUCAUGCAUGUGCAUGGAUUAUGCAUAGACAAUUGACAUAAUUAAGGGAGAUAAAUGAUUGCUUGUGACCGAACAAAAAGCAAUUGACAUACCAAUGCAAACACAUCUGGUAGGCUUUGGAGGCAAUGUUGUGGAUAUUUUCGUUAUAAGAUGACAUAACCAUGUCGUGUUCUAAUUAACAUUUGCAUUCUCCAUAGACAAUUAGUGGCAUUAUUAAGAACACUUGAUCCCAAUAUAGGGGACUUAAAUUGUCCCACCUCUGCCGCCAGGUGGCGCUAUGUGGUGCCACAUGACACCAGGGGGCGCUGCAGAAGUGUUUCCAUUUUAUGCUAUUAUGUAACAAGACAUAUAUGCUGCAAACAGAAUGUAAAAAUGUUACCUAGAUCAAAAGUUAUGGUC